UGGUGGUAAGCGAGGCAGUCUUUUUUCACUCUCAUUGACAUUUCAACUCCGAGGCGGAUCCGAAUGUAAUCUGGACCCAUAACUUUAUCUUGAUUUGUUCCAGCGACAAUUUGGAGGGUGAAGGAGCGAGGGCUGGUAUCAGCAGGAGGAUAUCGGUCAGAGGUCUGCGCCCUCUACAGCCUACAUCAGGUGAAUUUCUACGCAUCAGGCGAUGUAUACAUCUCACAUUUCAAUCGGAUUGCUUAUUACCCUACUACAUGUUUUGAGUGCUUUGCACAUCGGCGUGCUUUCUUCGCUUCGGAUUGUCAAAAUAUAUAAAAGGAUUUCGUUGGCUACUGUGUGUAUUCUAUGUAUAUUGUGCGCACCCGGGAUGGUAACAUCAGUGGUCUGUUUUUUGUUUGUUGCCAAAGCUUACAAACUUUAUAAUGCAUCUGAUGAUUAUGAAGGUAUUUGAUGGAUCCAUAUGGCUAUACAGAAGGCAGAGUUUAAUGUGGGUAAUGCCAGUGUUGCUGGAGGUAAUGUAAACACUGUUGCGCAUGGUCUUUUGAUGGGUCAUGCGACUGUGCUUUUGCUAGUAUCGUAGCGCAGGAGUUGAUGACUCCAGAAGCGUGUAAUUAGCGAUCUUCACUGAGGUAGAAAGUAAGACGCGCUUACACAAGUGUUAUUAUAAGCUUUAACGCGCACGGAGCUAAAGCGCGGAUAUGGACAUCGAUAUUGACAUGUUCUAUUAUUUACACUGCGCUUGGCGUUUUGUAAUUCCAACAGUUUAGUAUGAGUGAUAUAAACUAUCCAAAUGGUAAUUAUGCAUAUUUCUGGAAUAACCAAAUAGCCUACCAAACCUACAAACAUUUUAGCGUGCUUAUCAUGAGUGCCUAAUUAGGCAAAUCGUAUAGUCUACUUUAUAUGCUUACUUUUAGCUCAAGUAAGUUAUUUGAAAGUUACCCAAUUUGAAUUGAACUUUUAUAUAAUAUUCAAGGCGAAUAAAACGAUAAUGUAGCUUAAAAAUGGUUCACCAUUGAUUGAAAAUGAGGUAGCCUAAGCUUUAGAUCAAUAACUGAAAUAGGGUUUUCAAUAUAUCAGACAUGUUCUCGUCUUCAACCCCAGUUAUAGGCCUGCUACUGUGUAUUUUAUAACAUGCAAUUGCAGUGUGAUCCACGGUCCAUUUCGUUCGAGCUGGUCGGUAAUAAGUUGAGUACCGUGCCCUGCGCACCCAGGUCAACCUGUCCCAUUAGUUGUUAUUGGUGACUGCGUUUCUCCAGCUGCCAGGCCGCCGAGGAGCGCUGUGACACCAUCAUCUCCGAGCAGACCGUCUUCUGCCAGGAGAGGGCUUCACGGUCCAUCCACACUCCAGCAUUCUAGCAUCCUCACACGACAUUCCCUGCCAGACGUCAAUCAAGGAGAUAAAUUAGACAGUUGAGAUUACGAAUUCACCUUGUAGGACUUUUCACUUAAAUGUCUCACUCAGUGAAAGUUUGUUAUACAAGUUGAAGUGAUGAGUUCUCAAGUCUAUACACUUUCAGCAUCUUUAGGCCUACGGCUGGUAUUUUCACUAACACAAUAAUUCCCAAGUCGCUAUAAGAAGUUGUCAUAUUAUAUUAAUAGAGCAAAAUCCAUUUUAAAUCAAAGUUUAUUGGUCGCUUACACAGAUGUUAUCGUGGGUCCCGCGAGAUACUUACAAAAUGCUUUUUACGCACACAUGCAGUGAUAUCGUGAUCUGUGUGUUCAUAUAUAGGCUUACUGUAUGUCGUGUUGACAUAAUUUCCCUUGCAGCCCAGAGCCUAGAGUGUCCAUUUCAGUUCCCUCAGCUUGUAAGACAAUUGUUUUGGGAUGAGAGCAAACCAUUAUUCAACAUCAAACUUUAGGUUGAUCCUAACAGGUGUUGGAUUUGUUUACAGAAUUCAGCUGGUUAGUGUGAUGUGCGAAGAGGAAGAGUUAUGCCUAGACAGUAAAAGACAGCUUCAUUCCCGAAGGCACGAGCUCCACCGCACAACAUGUUACAAAAUGUACAUUUCUGAAUAUCUUUGAGCCAUGCAGAAAACCGAAGCAGCCUGGAGUUAAUAAAAUGGUUGUUGGUUAAAAACCGAAUGGUGUGUAGGCCAAAUACGUUUGUUAACUUGCAAAAGCUCUUUUAUAAUGAAUUAUACGUUUUAAAAUCUCAUUUAGUGGAGUGUCUUCGAAGACAUUUCGUUUUGUCGAAUUUCCUAUUCAAUAAAACAUACAACUAUAUUAAAUAAUGUUAACACAAAUAAUUAUUAUUAUUAUUGUGACAACACCACAUUAUUAUGGUUAGGCUAAUUUUGUUAUAACAAUAUAUAGCCUAAUCUAAAUAAUGUUAUCUAUAAUAAUAUUGGAGUAAUUCAGUGCAAAUGUAAAUGAAAAUGUAGGCUAUAUUUUAAUGUUAUUAGGAAGUAACUAUAAAAUAAUUAAUAUAUUAAUUAAUAUCCCUAUUAGUAUAUUUUUCUAAUCAAAUGUAUUUGAACCACAAAGGAUAGUUAUAAACUUUCGAAAAAUAUUUAACAAUUGGCAAAUGCAUUAAUUAUCCAUUUAUUCUACGCUCAUGCAAAUGUGGCUGCUUGGCCCAAACGUUGUACUGUAAUAUCCCUACAGAAGGAAGGGUGGAUGAUGACAGCUCCCUCCAUCUCAUGGAAGACUGGCCCGCCUGCCUGCUCUACAAUUAGAUCAUUAUGGAGAUGAUGGAGCUCUCUCUGUCGGUCCCAAUGGCUCAACGGUCCCCAUGUCCCUCAAAUCUCGAUAAAUCAAUGGAGGCCAGCGAGCCCUACUCCUCUUUGUUGAUGUUUUCUAAUAGGCCUCCCUUCUUCUUUCGCUCUCUCUCUCUCGCUCUCUUUCCAAGCAUGACGUCAGCCGUGUUCACCCCUACAUCCCCCCCUCCUCCCUCCUAUGACAUUAUUUUUUCUUCAAAGUUUUUAGAGAGGCCUCAAAGACCACUUUGCCUCAGGGGAAAAUAGCGACAAGAUUAGGAUUUCUUUUCAGGUCCUUUGGCAUUGCUGCUAAUCCGAAUUGGGCUAAUUGCUAGUCUGUAUACGGUUACUCGUUUUACUACAUUUUCACACUUACGCUGGAGAACCUGCCCCUUAAACAGAGAAAUAUAUAUGUGCACUUCAACGAGCAUGAGCGUUCAAAGGGAAUGAUUAUUUAUCGCUAUAUUUGACCUGGAACUUCAAGUGAGUAAAGAAAAACAAAACUUAUCGUGAGUAGAAGAGUGGAGACAACGCAUUAGCACUCGGAGCGGAUUUACUUUCCCAAAGAAAUCAAUAAUCUAUUGGACGUAUAGGCUAUUGUCUGCAGAGAAAACUACUCGACACACUCAUCAGGGAUUCUGUCUUUCACUGAAGCGGGUUAGUAGUGCAUUUUCGUCAGCUGCAGACUGCUUACAAGGGGAUAGCGAUUAAAUUAGAAUUACAAUGUGGUGUGGUUACUUAUAAGUGUCACUACUAGCAGUGUCCUUCAUAGAGGCCUAUAUUUUGCCUGUAAAUUAGCAUACGUUUGAUAUUAUUCACUUUUGAAAGUUAGAUUAGCCUAAGCAUAUUUAAAUGCAUAUACCAACACAAUUCAUAAUCGGUUUAAACAUUUGAUUAUGUUUUAUUUUUAUUUUUUUAUGAUUCGUUGACCAAAAACAUUAGGCUACGUCCAAACUUUCAACAGCACGAAUCACGAUUGUGUGCAGGAUUUUGCAAAGGUGCAUUAAUUAACUCAAAACAAAUAUUGUCAUUAAAUAGGCCUAACAAUGUUGUCAUGCAUUGGGUAAUAAGCGUUUGACGUGGCACAAAGUUUGCACCUGCUAUUUUCAGAAGGGAAGAAGUACAACAUUUUCACUCCAUUCUGAAAGUAUCAGGUGCAAAGCUUGGCGAAUCUGGCGAAUCUGACCAAUAUUGUUUUCAUUUCGUACAUUCUGCACAGUUACCCCACUGUUUUUAUUGCAACAACGAUUUUAUGAGAACGUGUGUGCUGGCAUGUCAUGCAUGUAUGUGGAUGUUGUAUAAAACUGUUCUGCUCACCUUUUUAGCUGCACAAGCACUUUUAGGUUUAUCAUAUGCAUGCCAGUUCCUCUAUUAUCAGAAGAAAGUUUACUUGAACAAGAUACUCAUUAGACCAUCAGGACUAAUCUUCAUGCACAAACACACAAACAGAAACAGACGACCCCAAAACAAAGUCAAACACUAGAAACAAAAAAAUAAUUUAGUCGAAUAGGCCACCAGCUUCAGUGACUAAACACAGUGGAGGAGAAAUGGGACAAAAUGGUGGGUUAGUUUACAGCUUGUUUGGGGAGAAAGUUUUGGCCGAAGUGUUGUUCUUGUUCCUCACCGCAGGACUCUGGGUGACAGUUUGUGCUGGUCCUCGCGGCUCAUUAUCUCGCGCGCCCACUGUGGGCCCCAUUCAGGCCUCGCCCCCCCCCCCCCCCCCCCCUCCCCCGCCGCCCCCCCCCUUCAGGCAGCGUCGUUUGUCUCCUCAUUGAACCCGCAGUUAGGAAUGUGAUGGUUGUCAGGGAGCCCUCUUUCACCUCCGAGGUAGUUUAUUGAUGAGCUCUGACUUCUCUGACUUUUUCACGUCAAAGGAAGUCAAGUGUAGGCCUCCCUCCAUGACUUCAUUUCAUGCUCUGCACUCUCCAAAAAAUGGCCCCAUCCCAUCCCCCUCUCCUCCUCCUUCUCUCCGUCUCCCCCUUUUUUGUACCCCAAUUUUGCUUUUGGUUGGCUCCACACAUCCAAACAGCCUCCACCGGCCCUGGUCCUUUGGAAUAAGCGACGGGGACUCCCAGCACUGAGACUGGUGCUUCGCAAGCUACGAGUGUAAGCUUCAAUACGGGCUCGGAGGGGUUGCUUUCGGGUGCGCUGAGGUGUGCCCUAAUGGCCGGCCAUUAAACCCGCGCAGUUAGGGAGCGUGUGGUCAUUGCUGACCAGUCAUUUGCCUCACUUUAUUUACGCGUGAUAUUUGCUGUCAGGUCAUAGGAGUGACGUCACCUUGCCUUGCAAAUGCGUCCAUAAAAAGCAGCAGAGCUUGCAGGGGCCCUUUACGCAUGGCGAGGAACGGUGUGUGUGUCUGUGUGUUUACAAUGUCCAUGACAGGCUGAGCAGUCAAUGAAGGUGAUACCAAACAGUCAACAAAGGCACGUGGGGAAAGUUUGCGUUUGUUUUCAGCCAGUAGGCUACAUUAGUGGUAAUUUACAAGUGCACUUAAUACACAAAGUAAACAGUUUCCCCUUUAAAAGCCACCGCUGUCAAUGGGGGAGCCCUCCUCAGCUCAUCUGUCAUUAGUAGUGGCCCUGAUCACCAAGGGCCAACUCACUAUGUACUCCAGGGAGAUAUUCGCAACCAUUGCAAACAGCCAUGCAGAGCUGUUGACAGAAACUCAGAAACGGUUUGUUUUCAUGCAGACCCAAAGUAAAUAUGAAGUUUGUUCCAAGAUUGCAUUGGACAAAUUAGUAAGGUAAAGAAUAUAGAGGCUGCACGAUAGCAAUACGCCUAAAACAAAAGAAAACAUUUAUGUGUAGGCCACUUUCCCACGGAAAUAGGCCUAGCCUACGCUCGAUAACUCAAGAACGAUUUGAAAUCAGCUCAGUGGAAAGAAUGAUCCACUGAUGGAGCUGACUGCUUGAAAAUGCGUGCACAUCCUCAGUUUUCCCAGCGUCGUGCCCUCAGGUUUAGCUGUAAAACAUGCCUGAGAUUCCCACCACCACGGAACCAACUCGGCCUCUGCUGAGACCCACCGGGCCUUUGCUUUCUAUCCAAUGGGAAUAUCCGAGGCAAUCCAGUUGCUUUGCAUAGUAGGGCAGGCAAUGUUCAGAUAGCGAGGGGAAGAGAGCGAGAGAGAUAGAGAGAGAGAAAGAAAGAAAGAAAGAGGGUGUUUGUAUGUGUCUGCUGAUUAGUGGGUUUGGGGAGACGGGUCUCUCUUCUCUCUCGCUCGGCCCCAUUUCCCGCUUUGGCGGGGGUGGAAGUGUUUACGUGGGGGCCGAUGAUGACAGAGGUCGAGGAAACGCACAGAGCACAGCAGACCAGGAACACAUACAGUAAUACACUUCUACCAUCACCAAUCAGCAUAGGUGUGUUCUCUCUUAGCCCCCAACCCCCUCUACUUCUCCCAUUCUUUCCCUCCCUCCCCUUCUCGCUCUCUCCUUCUCUUCCCCUCUCUCAUUCGCUAUCUCGCUCACUCACACGAGCCCACAAUCUCGCUCACUCCGCGGUCCUGACAUCUGAGUUCACUGUCAAUCUCUGUCUCCUUCGCAGGGAUAUCCCUUCCGUCUCCGCUGAAGAUCACUGGAAAACUAUUUUUUCCUCUUACUGAAAAACUACAACAAGAGACUGCCCUGCAUUUGUUCUCUUUCUGUGGCGCGGAGAACUAUUUGACAAGGACUUUUGACAGCCGCGCAGGAUGCCUCAAAAAGGUGAGAGUGGAUAUCUUCUCAGUAAAAUACUGUCUGUGCAUUUCAACCUAGACUGCAACCCUGCAAACACACAUAACUUAAUACAGAACAAUCAAUAAUUGAAAACGAAUCUAUUAUUAUUAUUGCGCAAUAUGCAUCUUCCAGGCUGCCGACUAUUAUAGCUAGGCUAUAGGUUGGAGUUUGUGCAGUAAGUAUAGCCUCUACUGGGCUGCUGAUACUCAACUCCUACUCUGGAGUUGUAGAGUUCGAUUUGAAGCGGCAUUGGGGCUGGCUUUCCUGUUUAUUUUAUGUGCUCUUUAAUGAUCGGUUGUGUUGGUGUUUACGGAUAGCUUAAUGCUUAUUUAUGACAGCAAAGAGUAAAAAGUCGCGUUAGGCCAAGACAGUGAUCAUCAUGGAGAAUGGGGAGCAAUGACCCGUUGAGGAAUGGUGUCAGUUUGAGUCAUAGACAGCCGAGUCACCCAAGCGCCUUCUCUAAAACGCUCCAAGUACACGCUGGGCCUACGCAUUUUUCUCUCUUGUUUGCGUGCCAAAGAAAAUAUACCUCAAGUUGUACUUUUCUUCAAAGCAAGUGAAGUAUUGUGCAGAAAUAGUUAUCACUACACGAAUUUAAGCGUGCUUACAAUUUACUAAAAUACUACAAAAACGUUUUACAAUUAUUAUAAAAUAAAACAAAGCAUUUAUACUAAUAGGCUAAAUACAUAGCCUAUUAUAAUUUUGUCAUAUUUAUGUUUUUUGUCAACAUAGAAAGUAUAUCUGCACAACUCUAAAAAUAUAAAGAUAGUUUCACGUUCACUGAGUCUAAAUCAAUAAAACUGUCAAACGAAGGUAGCUGAAAGUUAGACCUAUAUUUCACUAUUCGACUAAUCAUAAAUAUUAUGGUUUCAUUUGUGUCGUUAAAUUAACAUAUUACAUUAACGAUAACACUAAGAUGCUUAGUGCAUGUAAAUGCAUAGUACUCACAACUUCCUACUGAGCCAUUGUUUGAGAUAGUAAUGUAUUUCUGCAUGUGAAUGUUGUGAACUCAGGAUCCAGCGGCCUGAAUAAGCAUGUUUAAUUAAGGCGAUUGUUGUUACGGAUUAGGUACUACUAAAGGAAAAGAAAUGCAGAUUAGACCCUUGUUAACCUCAGCGACAACGGCAGAGUUUUCGACCCUAAGUAAAUGAUUAACUAGGCCGAUGAUGUCUAUAAAGAGAUGGUAUGGGAGUGGGACACUGCUGAAUCGCAGUUCUCCAAACAUUUAGCAGAAAUAUUGUUUUCAAGGCGGAGAGGAAUUUAUGAUUAUUUUACCAUUCGCCACUUCCGGGGUUGUGUGUAUUUUUGAGAGAUUUAUUUUGCAUUGGUGGGCUUAUACUUUUACGCACAGUUAAAAUAUUGGAAUGAAUGUGGAGGAAUCUAAAUUAAUGAGUUGAGUGCGUUUGCAUUGCAAAAAAUUAAAUGCAUUGUUUUCAAGAGUUGUGUAUAACCACUUUGGGUGUUUUCAGACAGACUACUUCUAAGAACAGGACUGACGAGGAAGAAAUUCCUCCGUUUGCAACAAAACAAUUAUUACUGUUAACAGUGUUCUGAUACAUUAUAAAAUGGCAUUGGAAACACGUUUUUUUUUUGCAAUUGGCUACUUUCUCCAGAAAGUAGGCCUACUUGUAUGUCUCACUUCUCAAGCCAAUGCAUGUUUCCAAAUCCUAGGUUCGGGUGCAAUACACACAUGCCCACAACAGGGUUGAUUUUGCGUAAAGAGAUAAAAUGAAACUUCAGACUAUUCCUUCACUGGCCUCCUUUUUAACCGACCAUUUGAAUAGGUUCUUUAUUGCGUUUUGUCUUUUCCCGAUUGAGCUCCCCACUGAGCUGUUGUAUCUUUUUACAACCGCCUAACAACCGUCACCAGCUACACCAUUACCUCUAGAUAUUUAUAACAAGAAAUUACUUUUCCAUUUCCCAAAACGAAACAAACAAAUCCCACAUUGGGCUACGGGCAACCGAGGUCACGGUGCUCCGCUGUGCCAGUGAGAAGGUGUUGUGUGUAUGGUCCCGGAGGGGGUGGAUGCCUUCGGUUCUUUGUAUUCUGGAGUUGUUGGUACGUUUAGUGGGAAGAUGAGUUGCUAGUUGUGGAGGCCGAGUUGUGCGGGCCCCGGGUUUGGGUAUGGCGGUAGAAAGGGGCGCAUUGUUCGGACUCCGGCAGGCUUUGAAUGCCGGCCUCAACCCCCUCCUGGUUUGUACUUUUGCAGAGCAGUGAGGCGAGGUAGACAGCGUGUGUCACUAUACACAUUAGGCGAGAGGGUCUAGAUUUUUAUAUAACUAGAAAUACCCUCUGUGGCGGUUGCUUUAUGUUUAAGCCUGUUUAUAAGCCAUCAAGUAGAAGAAGAAAAAACAUGUCAAGGAAUCAGAAACAGGUGAUCAAUAAACCAUGCACGUGCCAACGGAUAGCGAUGGUUGUGCCAACGAAUAGCAACCAUCGCAACUCAACCUAAUUUAUUUACUUUACCAUCUUCAAUUAGGCCUAUUAAAGUGCCCGUUUCUUCAAACUUCAGGCUGUCCAAAAUAUAAAAAUAAAAACAGAAAUAUAAAUGCUCUCAUAUGAAUAACACGCCAAAUCGAUAGUAGCCUAUUUAUUAAUUACAAUUAUAAUUCAAUAAUAAUUUUUGUAGGCUUUACUUGUAAAAUGUAGGACACAGUCUUCGCUAGGGCUGUACUAAUAUACUGUUUUGCUUUGUCCUAGGGAGACAUUAAGAUUGGCUAAAUUGUUUUAAGCCAACAGUCAACUCUGUUUCCAGGCAAGUUUAAUGCUAAAAUAUAUAUACAAUGGGGAUAUGCCAAUUCACAUGGAUUAUGGCUAUGUGGAAUUUAUAAUCACAGAGCAACAUUAUGAUUGUAUUGCACCAAAGUAUCCGCCCUAAUUGCAUUGGAAUUCGAAGUAACUAAAAGGGAAAAAAAUAAGAAAUAUAUUUGAAAAAAAUAGAGAACAUUUGUGAAUUGUAAUGCAAAACUUUGAAUAGUCAUUACAUUCUAAUUAUGCUGAUACUAACAUUGUUAUCAUUGUUAUUUCCUUAUGACGCAUAGAAUACCACAGCCAAGCCACGUGGGAGUCUGGCGUAGCCUCGAUGAUGCAGAACAGUAAGUGGAUUUGCAUAUUUUGGUUUUUAAACUUUGAUACUAACCGCAAGUGGAGAUAUGAAUGCAUGCAACCCCAACUACUCUACUGUCUUUAUGGUUCCCUUAACAUAACAUACCCCUAACAUAUUAGCUUUAUUCUUUUGUUUUUUUCCCACAUCAUUUAUUGCAGCAGUUUAUGGUUUGUUUUUAGUUUAAAUGUUUAAAAUUGUGUGUUGCUCUUGAUGUUGUUAAUUUACCACUAUCCAUGUGUUCAUAUGUAAUGCAUGUUAUACGGCCCCUUCCAGACCGCAGAGUUAUUGAACAUUGACAGUUAUAGUCUAAUUAUAUAUCAUCCAUUAAUCUCCACAGAUUGUUUUAGUUUUCUGCUAUGUGCACAGAGAGAGAGAGAGAGAGAGAGAGAGAGAGAGAGAGAGAGAGAGAGAGAGAGAGAGAGAGAGAGAGAGAGAGAGAGAGAGAGAGAGAGAGAGAGAGAGAGAGAGAGAGAGAGAGAGAGAGAGAGAGAGUAGAGGGGGUUGGGUUGAAGGAGGGAGAUUUUUCUUCCCGCUUGAGUUGGUAUUAAAUAAUUGCACAGCCGUCUGCAUUAGCUUUAGAGCUGACUGCCAGGCUGUAUACACUAUUAGCUGGGGCGGAACAAGGGAAGGGAGAGAAGGACAUUGCGUGAAAAAGGAGGAAUAUCAAUAAUGUCUUAUGUAGAUUAGUCUCCUCAUGAACAGAGCAGGAGUUAUAAUGGAGAUGCCCACAUUAUAAAAAGAACAGAGUAGAACUGGACAUAUAGGCCUAAACUCAACACCAACAAAAAACAUGAUAAAACAUGAUAUUGUCUUGCAUGGGCGCCAUAAAGGAAAAUAGACUGUGUGUAGGCCUAUAUUGCUUUCUAGUCUAUAGUGUGUUAUUAUUUGUCUGGAUUGUUUAUCAUAAUGGCCCAUAUGAGUUGCUAACAUAAUUACUGGCGAAAUGAACUAAACCAUGAAGGAUCAAAAGUAACGUUAUUUUCUCUCUUGUCUUGCUGCUGGACUAGAGGUCUAUGACAUCUGUGAUGAAGGUGUGUGGAAUGAUUUCCUCUCUGCUAUUCUCCUCACCUUGAUGACGUGCCUGUGCUGUAACACGUGCCUACAUAGUCACAUUUUAAUCUGUCUGAAUUCAAUGUACUUAUAGCUAGAUCACGUGUAAGGCAUAUUGAUACCUUGUUGUAGGCCUAUAGUGUGUAGGUUAUAAUUUCAAUGCAAGUAGGGAAUAUUAUAUUGUUCCCUAUAAGGGAAAAUGACAACAUGCAAAACAAAAGGCUUGAAUAUAGGUCAGAUUAAGUAGGACAAUUGAUACAGGAAUUUAUUCAUUUAGGCCUAUUUAUUUUGUAUCAUAUAUUUUUUAAAUACAUAGCCUAUUGAAUGUUAUUUUGAACAACAUUGGUAGUCCAUUAUGCGCCAUAUAGGCCACCUUGGCAUUACCCACUGCUCUAUGCGCUGACAAAUGGCUUAAUCACAGAUUGCUUGCCAGUUCUCCUUUAUUGAGAUUAUGUUUUAAACGAGGCGUCAUCAAAGCUAUGUACUGCCCCCUCUGCUCCUGCUUUGCCCCAGAUUGAUGUUAAUGAAAUGCACCCCUGGCAUGGCUUGUGAUUUCUGGUGCGAAUGGCCGAGGAGAUAUCAUUGGGCCCGGCUCUAUGUGUAGUUUAAAGGUCGCCGUGGCCUCGGUGGCUUUUGUGCUAACAACUCCUGGGUGUAUAUGAAGGGGAGCGGCCAAAUUGACACCAUAUGUUUUCCUAUUAGUCGACUAGCAAUAGAAUACAAGGCGCAUAAUCAGCGCCAGCGGGCGAGAUCUACGCAUCUCGCCCUGGGGAAUUGGGCCCAUGAUUAAGACUUAACCUUUGGAGAGCUGAAAAUGUAUGUGAUGUCCUUAUCUGACGGCUUUAUCGAUCCCGUGGAUGUAUAUGAUGGUUAUAAAUGCGUUGAGGUGAUGGUGCAACCAUGUAAACCCGCAGCGAACAGCUGCUUGGCGCUGGCAGGCCAAUUUGAGAGUAGGAAGUCUAUUAAUUCCACUUAAUCCUGGAAUUACCAAAGAGCAAGGGGGAUGAUAAUGGAUCUGCUAUUAAUCAGGUCCACGUUGGAUAAGGAUCAUUACACAUAGUGGCCAAAGAGAAGUGUUUAAUUCUGUUAAACAGAUUUAUAUUCACUCAAAACAUGGCUUUUAAUUGGCACAAGCGCACAUACAACGUAUUCCCAAGCAGAUAGCCCACUGAUUGCACACAACAGGAUUGUAGUGGCUGGGAGGAUUUGUUGCCAAAUACAAACAAGGGAAAAAAACCGAGAUGUCAGAUUUAAUAUGUUGAGAAUCCAAGCGCGCCCUCGUUUGUUGUGCCCGCGCGUAGCCCCUGGCCACCUUAAAACGAAGCCUCCCUCGAAGGGUAAACGAGUAGCGUCCAAUUUUGUCUGAGUGAUAUCCAAAUCCAGACAGAAAGGGUCGUUUUAUCGUGCUACUAUUUGUCGUGACGAUGCGUUUUUCAAAAGCAGAGCUGUGUCAUAAAGUGACAUGCCUGCCACAAGUGCUCCAACUGAUCUUUUCAAUUAGCCUUCCCAUGCAUGAUCCGAGGCGACUUCCGCCUAUUUCCAGAAAUUAAGCUCAAACUUGACGUGCAGCUAGCUUUAUUUUAAAGACAAAUGUCAGCCAGCCUCAUCAUAUUUUCCCCCUCUUCUAUAUUUGGAGCUUAUUUAUUGCUAAGGAGCCUCUGCUCCCAGAGUCAAUGUAGCAGGCGGCAGCGCAGGAGAAGGCAGCGGAGAUCUGGAGCGCAGUAAGGCACUCCGGGGAGGCAUCGGUCCCACUUGGCUUCAGGUUUGCUGGCUCUUUCCCUGCUUUACUGAACCUCCUUAUCGACUACAACCUACCUAUUAAUUAAUUGUUUUAAAAAUACUUAUAUUUGGAUAACAUUUAUUGAGGUUUGUUAUAUUUGAGGCUACCUAAAUGGGUGGUAUUUUGGUGUGCUUGUGUUGAGGUUAUGCGUAAUAGUACAUUGGAAUAGCCGUGAGGACGAUAUGGGCAUUUCAUUUCCAAGUUUGGGAAUUUGAAGAGGCUGAAAUUGGGGUUGGCUUGCUUGGCGAAAUAAUGCUGGACAACUCGCGUAUGACUGAAUUCACCUUUGGAUAGCCGAUUUCACAUUUGAAUAGCUGAUUUCACCUUUGAAUAGCUGAUUUAAUCUCAGUUGGAUGGAGAUGUUUUGGUCCAGAUCAUUGGAUGCUGUUGACGCUUUAUCGAUUCCCUGCAUAUGUUGAUUCAAGGCUAUUGAAUUACAGUGACGAUUGUCUGGAGUGGGCUUGACCUGAAGUGUCGAUCACAAUAGAACAAUAAAUAACUAUUAGAUAUUCAUUUUGGGGAUAAUUUUACUAUUAGACUAUGUGCAUUUCCUGUUUCAUUCUAAAUUUAGCGUUUUGUUCACAAUUAAUGCCUCCCUUCAAUGUUUAUGUUUCACCUUUGCUCUGAAAGCUAACCAUCUGAAAGGAAAAGCAUUGCCUAACUCACUGCUAUUUUGUUAUAGAACAUAUUGUUGUGAUCAUAACCUUGUUGUUACAUUGCAACAGUGGCCUAUAAUUGGGCUCCCCUUUGUCUCCGUGCAGGUCACAGCGGUGUGAACCAGCUGGGCGGUGUGUUUGUUAACGGUAGACCGCUACCGGACACCACCAGGCAGAAAAUCGUCGAACUUGCUCAUAGUGGCGCGCGGCCGUGCGACAUCUCCAGGAUUCUGCAGGUGACCAGGGCAUUCUUUCUGUCUGGCGCAGGAAACCCUAGCAUUCAGUCUUUUUUCUUUUUUAUUUUAAGAUACCACAAAAUAAAUACAUAUAAAUAUAAGAAGAUGAUGCAUGGUGGAACUUUUCGUUUUCCUUACUGUAGCCUCUUUGUUUAUUUAAAAACGUUUUCCAACAAUGUUGGCUGUAAGAAGGGCCAGACAAAGCCUAAUUACUUCUCUUUAUAUUCCAUAUCCAAUUCAAAUUAAAUGAAGGGUAACAAGUCCUAAGUAGGCUACCACUUUCCCCCCUAAGAAUAGUUGCAUUUUAGAAAGUGCACACUCUGUUAUCCUAUACCAUUUAAGGCAUAUUUUCUGUUUAUAGACCCAUGAUGACUCAAAAGUCCAAGUGCUGGAAAAUGAAAACGUAAGCUUAUUAUAGUUUGACGUAAUCUUCAACAUUUCGCAACUAGUCUUAAAUAAUGUAUGUGAAUUGUGUCUAUUGUUUUCUAUCCAGGUGUCCAACGGGUGCGUGAGUAAGAUCCUUGGCAGAUACUAUGAGACUGGCUCCAUUAGACCGAGAGCGAUCGGAGGCAGCAAACCGAGGGUAGCCACUCCAGAGGUGGUGGGGAAGAUAGCGCAGUACAAGCGGGAGUGCCCGUCUAUUUUCGCCUGGGAGAUCCGCGACAGACUGUUGUCGGAGGGGGUCUGCACCAACGACAAUAUACCCAGUGUAAGUGCAGUGAGUGUAAGUUAUGAGCAUGAUUUUUUUACAACCUGAAAUGAUUUAUCAGAGACGGAAAGCAUGCAUGAUUAGCAGCCAACCAUUUAGUCAUGAGAUCAUGCACUGCGUUAUAUGUAAAACAUAUGGUUAGCAUGAGUUAACCUGUAGAUUUCGAUUUAAUUCGUUAUUAGCUAGAUAAUUUUGCACCACAUAGGGCCUACAUGUAAAAUAAAUGUAUUCAAUUGGCAUUUGUUGAUGUUUAUAAUAGGCACAUUUUCAAUGUUUUUUCUCAAAUAUUAUUUGGAAAUGCUCUGUUUACCUCUUUACUUCCAGCUCACUUGUCAGGAUGUGACGUAUGUGUGCGCGCGCGUGCGUGCAUGUGUAUACGUUUGCACCAUAGACAUUAACGUUUGCACGCUCACAGUGCUCGCAUGCCUACACGCUAUGCCGGCGGCGGCGCGCAUUUUAAAAUCAUGCCUGGAGUUAAUCAAACCGUUCCGUUUUGUUUGUCUUUCAGGUGUCAUCGAUAAACAGAGUCCUCCGCAACCUGGCUAGCGAGAAGCAACAGAUGGGCGCAGAUGGCAUGUAUGACAAGCUGAGAAUGCUCAACGGUCAGACAGGAACUUGGGGGACACGGCCCGGAUGGUACCCCGGAACUUCAGUCCCAGGGCAUCCCAACCAAGGUGAGCCUCAGUCACUAAUAAUAUGACAAUGAAGAAGCCUAUAGUAGCCUAUAGAUAUAAAGAAUUUGCGGUAUUCGUGAAAUCAUAUAAUUAUCUCACCAUUAUUCGAAUGUGGGCCUAUAGACUAAUCCAUCAUUGGGCAAUGCAUUCCGUUAGACUUUGGAAGAAGGAGUAUUAGGGUUUUUAUAAACCACAUUGUUGAAAUGACCUAAGGGUCCAUGUAAACAUUAAUAUCACACAUGUUUUUAUUGUUAUGAGAACAAUGGAUUGAACGUUAUAUUGCACAUGCUAGGUCUAUACCAUGGCCUAUAUCUUCGCUUCUUUCAUACAUGACUAAACGGUCACAUUACGCAUGGGUUCUGGCUAGACGAAAAUGACGUACUGAUUAGUGAGUAGUGUUACUUAAGCUAAGUCACCAUAACAAAUAUGUUAUACAAUAAACAUCUUAAAGCUAUAGUUUUCAGUGCGUGUUGGGCAUCAAUAAUUUAAGAUGAUUGGAUGUCGUUUAUGAUUGGUCAGCAUAUCAAGCAGGUAUUGUCAACAUGCUUUGAUGCCUUUGGUGGACAAGAAUCCCAAUUAAUCAUAGAGUAGUCGAUUAGUGAACGGCCAAUUAAUCAGCAGUCUCAAUGCCCACACUGUCUCCGAUGGGGAUGUGCGUGACAGAGGCCUGGCAUUUCAGCGGAGGUGUCCAUCCAACAACCCGCAUUUUCCUCCUCUCCUGGCGGGGAAAAAAAGCCUGAGGGCCGUGUGCGGGAUAUCAGUACAAAGAAAUGUUUUCCUUCACACGCAAGGAUUAGUUAUGGGAACGGUCCUGCUAUGUAUAAUUGCUCAUUAGAGAGAGCUUCGUCUCUCGUUAUGGUGACAUGCAGGAGUGUCUAGUUGGGGAGACUGAUGGAGAAAUGUUCCACAGGAGACCACUGGACACGGGAUGACAGGCGGGGCGAUUAGCCAUGAAAACAUGCAUGUUACAAAGAUAAAUGUUUAUGUUCUAGUUAUUUUUUUGUGCUGUAAUAGACCAUUGUGAAAUACAGAGCCUGAAGGGGAAGAAACUCGUGAGAAACAGUGUAAUAAUUCGAUAUAUGUUUCUGCACCGAAUUUAAUUUGCUUUGAACAUAAAGGCUUUUUGAUUUAGUCUUAUGUGGGCUAAACUAGCUUUGUUCAGGUUUUAAUUUUUUUUUUUUUUUUAUGUACAAUAAACUAUAUGCUUAGGCCUAUUAGCUUAAAGUCAGUGUCGUCCAUUUCUAAAACUAGGCAUAAUUAUUCACUCAGUUUACACUUUGUUUGAUUUAAUUUAAUUAUUGAUAAUAAUAGUAGGCUAUUAAUAAUAACGAUAUUAUUAUUAAUAUUAUUAAUAAUAAUAACAGGCCUAAUCAUAAUUACAAUAAUAAUAGGCCUAGUAAUAAUAAUAAUAAUAAUAAUAAUAAUAAUACAUUUUUAAAGGCCUUUAAGGCAAUGUUUUUAGGCCCUUAUUGCAAUAUUGUUUUUCAGUUUCUUCGAUUGAAAAUAAAGUGACAUGGGCAUUUACAUCCAACUUAAUUGGGAAUUGUUUCCAGGAGUUCAUUUCAGGAGGCCCAUUAGGCCUGAAUCAUACGGCAAGGCUAGGUCUCUGAGGAGAACGAAAUAUGGUCCCUGUCAAACAACAGCUACGCAACAGUGGCUAAAAUAAUGGUUACAAGGAGUCUGACAGGGCCUGAAAGGAGUAACUCUAUCUAGAGAGGCGGAAUAAAACUCCGUGGCAAUUAAUUCUUACCUCUCUUUCUCUCAUUUCAUUCUGAUAUGGAACUAAAUCCCGUCUGUAGGAUUUAGACACUCACUUUCUCUUUCAGUUUAAUCGGUUUUUUAAGUGUUUUUGAUCCAGUCUCUCUGUUGACUGAAAGGUGCCGCUUUUUCUUUUGGCUGCUUUUCCGCCCGACUGCCCGAGACACCGUGAUACCAAAGAAUGAGUUUAUUUCCCAGCGCUUUUUAAAAGAAAACAAAUCCCAAACCUAGCGUCAGUGGGUCUGGCGGAGGGAUAAUAGGCCGCACAUUCACUCAUUUUUGUGGAUUAUCCUUCGAGAAGAAAGACAAAGCGCUGAGUGGAUACAGGCUAUAUGAAGAAAAAAUUUAGACAUUUUAAAAAGAUACAUUUUGAUUGUAAUAAUCCUAUUAACACAUUCAUUUCAAGCCAAUACAAACCCAGACAAUUAUCAUUAUGUGCUAUAAUUUAGCACUUGCUAGAUGUCUGUGGUAGUAUGUCUAAUUCAUGGGCUAUUUAGCCUAGGCUACUACAUUGUUAUCGGCCUAAGCCUAAAAUAUGACAGGGACCUUAAGGUGAAUUUGCUUACAUAACACGCAAUGUCAUGCUAAUUUAGUGCGUAUUUAAACUGUUGUUAUGCAAAUACUCCAAUAUUACAACAAAUGUUUUAUGGAAUCUCCCAGGGGAAAACUAGCCUGGGUACCAGUCUGUUUAGCUAACAUUCCCCUCGUUGUACUCCGUGUCAUAUGCCAAAGAUGUUUAGCAUGACAGCAGUGGCAAGGAGUGGAAUGAUAGCUAAACAGACUAGUGGAAAACAUUCGAUCCUAUACAUUUGUUUAAAUAGGCUUAUGGAUAUCGUUAGAGAAGAGUAGCCUGUCGUGAGUCCAAUGUAAGUACUGUCAUGUCCGAGACUACCCCAACUAAAUGGGUCAACUCAGAACAUUUUCUGUAUGCAGGUGCACCUCACGAAACGACUGGUCAAAUAGCGUUACGCACAUAAAAACCGACAUUCUCCAAAAGUAGCCCUUAAUUGCUUAAUUUCAUCUGAACUUCUCGGAGGGAUAAUGAUGUGCAAAAACAAGACAGGCAUUAGUCGAUACGCCUCGAACAGAAGACCCUAUAGGCCCACCACGGACAACCAGGAGCCGUGAAUAGAUAGGCCUUAUUCAGCUUGUACAGGGGGUUGCAUGCUCUCUCCUCACUCAUUUGUUUCCAAUUUAAGACAGAAAUCCUGACUGGCGUUUAGCUGGCCGGGAGACGUGAUUAAUGAUGCUAGUGGAUAAGGGUUAACACACUGAACUCAAAGCUCUGUUGACCGGGAUCCUCGUGCGCACAAUAGUCCACCAAAGCACAGAGAGAAUCCUUUUGUCGCCUCGUCCGAUUGUGCUGCUCCAUUUCUCUCUGGUGAUAUUCUGCCCACGAAGAGUUCGCUGUAGCCACCUCUCGCUGUGUGCACAGAGUUUAAUGGUUUCCCUUACCCCGAACCGCAUUGUUUCAUUGUGAAAAGCACCUCCUUCUAUUCAAGUGUUGGUGGUCACCUCAAUGGCUAUACGAAAGCGCAUAUGGGGACGGCCAUUGAGGCUUCGCAACGCUCCUAAAUGGGGGAGAGAGUUUGGGUUUUUAAACAUUUCAGAGGGCCUGAAAGGAGUUCGCCACAUCUUGUCACAUUUCUCUUAACCCUUUGAGCACAUGUUCCAUUGUUGAGAGGUGAUAAAGGAUCUAAGUUCACGCAGCAAUGCUGAGCAAUGGUAUUUCCCCCACAAUAUUUUACAAAUAACAACUCAGUCUUUUAUGGCUAUUGAUGUGUCUGAAAACAAGCAGAGAUCAAUAUGUUAGCUGGAUCAUUCAUCCAUCAUCAUUCAAUGCCUCUGUGUGUUUUAUGCCAGCUAGGCCUACAACGGCAGCUUUUCCUUAUUAUUCUAACAGGUCGCUUUUAACGGAAAAAUAUAAAGAUAAUAGGACUAUUGAAUUCAAAUGAAUUCCCUAUGGGCUAUUGCGAGGAUGAAAUGUUAUUUUUUGCAGUUUAUUUUGAGAACUAUAAAAUUAAACAAUAUAUUAAUGAAUGAUUUUGGAGAUGUAGUAGGCUAAUUCAUAUUUGUUUAUUGAUUUCAUUACAGAUGGUUGCCAGCCACAGGACGGUGCAGGAGAGAACACCAACUCCAUCAGUUCGAAUGGGGAGGAUUCAGACGAGACGCAGAUGCGACUUCAGCUAAAGAGAAAGCUACAGAGAAACCGCACGUCGUUCACCCAAGAGCAGAUUGAAGCACUGGAAAAAGGUGAACUUGAAUUUACACGAUAUGAAUAUUUUAAUUUAACGUCUUAUUGAAUGAAUAGCAACAUUCACCUCAGUAGCCUACACAUAAUUCAAAGACAACAAUAUGUUUGUUAGCCUAUACUAAAGAUACGUUUUCAUAUUGUAUUCCAGAAUUUGAAAGGACUCAUUAUCCUGACGUUUUCGCGAGGGAAAGACUGGCAGCGAAAAUAGAUCUGCCUGAAGCAAGAAUACAGGUGAGCGGACACAUUUUGAAAUACGCAUUGCACUGCAUUCAAUUAACAUUUUGCUGCUUGGUCUGAAAAAGGCACACAAGAAUCGAUGCGUAGGCUAAAUAUGCGACUAAUGUUUGAUUGACCUGGCUUGUUGUGCAGGUGUGGUUCUCAAACAGAAGGGCGAAGUGGAGGCGGGAGGAGAAGCUCCGGAACCAGCGUCGUCAGGCCAGCAACUCCUCCAGUCACAUCCCCAUCAGCAGCAGCUUCAGCACCAGCGUCUACCAGACCAUGCCUCAGCCCACCACACCUGGUAAGCGCGACAUUCAUAGAACAUUCCAUCCAUCCACAGUGGGACACUUGUCAACAUUAGGAAUAUUUCAGUAGGCCCACCACCCAUUUCAAUGUCAGACAACUUAAUUAAAGACUAAUAUAGGUAAAAGGGAUAUUUUUCUUUGAUAUAAAGAUGAGUUGAAUAAUAACUCAUCAUAUAAAUCAAAUGACAGUUGAUUGAAUACUUUUUGCUGAUAUAGGCUACUUUGAAUGAUUCAUUGGUUAAUCAUGCAUGUAAGCACUGAAACACAAAAUCCCCUGAGCUAAAUGUCAAGGAGGCCUACACUCUACCUGUCAAAGAGGGAGUGGCUUUACUCACACUAUGUUCCCUAUCUGCCAUCUCUGAAUGUAUGAACUGCAACAGAUUUUAACCAACAUUUCUCCCCUUCUUCCUCAGUGUCCUUCACAUCUGGGUCUAUGUUGGGCAGACCUGACACGGCCCUCACCAACACAUACAGCGCACUGCCUCCCAUGCCCAGCUUUACCAUGUCCAACAACCUGCCUAUGCAAGUAAGUCGACAACCAGAUACUAACUAACCCUGACCCUGUUCUGUCUGCGUUAACUGUGUCAACAAAUGUCAAGGUUGUGUUGUGGUCUGAAAUUUGCAAAUAGUACAGUUAAAAUUGUAUUUCAAAAGCCAAUAAAUACCAUUAUUACCAAGCUAGUUGUAAUCAACCUUCUUAGGUACAAUGAUGCUGGUCUCUUAUAAUCCUCAUAACAGGUUGAGGAGAAAUCAAACUGUAGUCAUAAAUAUUUCUAAAUGCCUAAAGGAAAUAAUAGUCUAUAUCCAUAGUUGGGCAUUGCUGUAAGGACUGACUGACUGCUGAGCUGAAGAGGGUAUAUAGUUGGCUAAGCUAAUAUAUACACGUUAUUCUCUCCCUGUCUAUAGCCCAGCCAGACCUAUUCCUGCAUGCUGCCUACCAGUCCGCCUGUGAAUGGGCGGAGCUACGACACAUACACGCCCCCUCAUAUGCAGGCACAUAUGAACAGCCAAUCAAUGACCACUUCUGGUACCACCUCAACAGGUAGGCAGAAAGUCCAUUGUUUUCCGAAAAAACGCUUGGCCUUUAGCGAAAAUGAACAAAUCACGUUUAGUCUCUUCGCUAACUAACCAUCUGCCACCUAACCUUUAAAUAGAGGGGGGCUACAUAGCCAUGCACACAUUCUCUUUCUUAAUUCAUGCUCUGCAUUUCGCCAUUAUCCGCCAUUUUCUUUUUUCUCUUUGAUCAGACAACAGACACAUACUGUACCUUUACGUUACACACCAUUUUCUCUCUCCUGACAUUCUAAUCUUAGUACAUGAACGCACCCCAUUCCAUUCCAGCUCAAUGUCCUAAUGUGAUUUUAACCACUCUAGACGGAGGUUUUAAUUCCAACCCAUUACAUUGCUGUUGAGGGCUAUAUAUACUGGUCAUAGUCAUGAAGGGUUAAUGGACCAUUGACACAUUUCCUCUAUGCUAAAUCACUAAUUAAUUUGAUUCAUUUGCUGUUGUACUUUCUGCGAGGCUUCAAUCAACCUAGCUAACUGUGCUGAAGUGCUAACCACUGUGAUUCAUAAAGCUACUGUUCUGUGUGCUAAAGUUCUUAUCACUGAAUACUCAAAGGCCCAGUGCAGUCAAAAAAGGUGAUUUCCGGUGUUUUAUAUAUAUUUCCACACUAUGAGGUUGGAAUAAUACUGUGAAAUUGGGAAAAGUAUGAUAAUGCCCUUUUCGUGUAAGAACUGUUUGAAAAGACCACCUGACAUUUCAGCCUGUUUUGGUGGGAUGGAGUUUUGGCCUCCCUGGUGACAUCACCAGGCAGUGAAUUAGUGAAUAGACCAAUAAGAGAGUUCCAAACCUCUUUGCCAAUAACAACUAGUUUUCAGUCCCAGACAGUCCUAGCAAAAUGUUUGCUUGAGAAAUUGCUCUUUGCUAAGAAGCUAUUUUUGUUUCUUUUUGAACAUUUUAAUUUAAAACAAAUCACAGUAAAGUACUUAAUUGUUACCCAGAAAUGAUUUGACAUUGAGAUCAAAACGGCUGCAUUGGACCUUUAACCUUUCUAAUGACCUAUACUCUAUGGCUGUGCACUCUGUGCUAAAGCAUUGAUCAACUCGGAUGCAUGCUACGUAUGUGCUACAGCACUUACCUCUCAAUAUCCUAUUUUGCGUCAUGGUUAGUCUCUCAAUAUGAUGGUAAUUUUUCAGGCUCUUUACCAAAUACAGUACAGAGACACUGGGCCAUUUUGACUGAUGUGUCUCUCUUCCCUCUCUCCUCAGGACUCAUCUCUCCUGGAGUGUCUGUCCCUGUCCAGGUCCCAGGCGGCGAGCCUGACAUGUCUCAGUACUGGUCAAGACUACAAUAGAGAGAAAAGCUACUUCACCCUGUAACUGCCCACCUUACCGUACCAACCACGCCCUCCGCAGGGGUCUCACACACACACGAAGAGAAGUGGAGGAGUGGAGAGGAGAGAGAAAGAGACUCUGGGAGAGCCCUAGGACUACAGGGUGUGGUUGUUUCUACUGGGACCGUGUGCUGUUCUGUAGCUCUUGGCACAUAUGAGGACUGGGGAGAACAACAAUGGGAAGAGUGGGGGAAGAAGAAGUAGAAACAUGGACCUCUGUAAAGUGCCCAGUGUUUAACAUUUUUAUGGAACAAAAACUUCAUUUUCUUUUUCCCAAGUCCUUGUUUCUUUUUUCUGUCUUUCUCUGGCGUGUUUGUAUAUGGCCAUGUGUAUGUUAUGAUGAGAAACCCAGAUCAAGUACUGAUAGAUGGACUGCUAGAAAACCAUGUUGGUCUUGUGUUUGUUUUGGGGAAAGGAGAACCCAAGAGAUUUCUGCCAUGACUAUUUUAAAAAUCUGCUUAAAUCAAGACUUUCUACCAGACUUUGCACGGUCUGUGGACUCUGGCGAAACUGUUGCAUAUCACCCGAGAGGAGAGCUGUGGGGAGGAGACUCAGUGUGUUUAUUAAACCUAUUUAUUGGUCAUAUUCCUUCAACAUGGACAUCAGCAGAGGACGACCUCCAGUCAAUCCACCCACCUCAGCCUUGGGUCUUUGACUCCUGCAUUAUCAGAUGAACUGUACAGGCCUGGGCAUUUAACUAUGGUCACAGACAACCACAUUAUCACAUGAACUGUAUAGGCCUGGGUAUUUAACUGUGGUCACAGACAACCACAUUAUCACAUGAACUGUACAGGCCUGGAUAUUUAACUGUGGUCACAGACAACCACCACUAACAGUUUGCAAGGACAGUGGGAAAUACAAGACAUGUGCAUGGACUUCUGCUGUGGUGGAUG